UUUUUUUUUUGUUAGUUUUUGGUCAUUAAUCUAUUUUCUGUUUUACUCACAAAUUUGAAGAUUAUAAUUAAAAGAUCAUGCAACGAGUAAUAGGUUGAGCCAAAUAAUUUUUUUUUCAAGUGUCACAUCAUGAUAUCACAGAAUCGUUUCUAAUAGAAAAUCCUUGGCUAAAAACAUAGUAGAAGCAAGUUUCUGAUUAUGAGCAAUCAGUACCAAUCUUUGAACAUAGAAAAUAUGUAAACAAACUCAGUGCUUGUCUUUUUUAUAAUAUACCUUUUUCACUGCUAACACAACCAUUGUCGACUGCAAUGCUUGCUACGAAGUAUCGUUUCUCUAACAAGUUAAUGAAAACAAAAAACCUGGAUUAAUGUCAUUUGAAAUUGUAUUCUGCGAAUUUCAAUGUGUCAGGUUGACAACUGAACUUUUAUUUCGUAAAUUUUGAAAAUUGAGAUAUAAGUAACUUUGAGCUUAGCUCCUGUAGAUGUUAGUAAAAAUAAUUCAUUUCCACUUUACUCUCCUUGGAUGGACCAGUCCAAAUCAAAUUGGUUGUCUAUUGCAUCCAUUGCUUGUGUCUAUCGCACAAAAAGGUUGUACAAGAACUAUCCCCCAAAUUGAAACAAUUUUCCACUAAUACUAUUGACGAUAAAAAUACGUAUCUGUACAAUUUUCAAACUUGACAUCUCUAUACCUGCUUGCGCCCUACCAUGCGCUGAUUGGCUGAACCACCAAAAAUCCUAAAACAGUUGGGCUGAAUGUGGUGUCAAAAGCAGCUGAAACAGCUGUGUCGUCCAACGCCUGAAAUGUCAAAAUAUGGACAGUCGCUCAUUGCGCUUCCUUGGUGAUAGACACAAGCGUUAAUUUGAGUUUGUCAACAGGCAACUAAAUAUUUAAAGAUUUGUAAAAUGAGUUGGAAACGUCAAAUCGAAUAAAAUAUUGCAAUAUAUAAUGUUAGUAGUGAAAAAAUUUUUACACACCUCGUUUGAGUAGGCCAUUAUUGGCCUCAAGCGUUAUGUCCUUUGUCGCUACGGGCCUCAGGUUAUAACAGUGCUCGCCCAAUAAUGGUCCACUUCUAAAACUAGGUAAUGUACUGUUAAUUUGACCAUACCAUAAUGAAUUGGCUCACUAGCGCCUAGAAGUUUGAGCCUGUGCUCAUCAUUUCCUAUGUUUUAAUCGGUACAAGUUGUGGGUGAGAAAAAACAUGCUUCUGAAAGUGUUUUCCGUGAUUCAAAUUGCCCUUAGUCGUGCUAAAAACGCAAUCGGCGUGACCGGUGGUCCCUAAAAUGCUUGAAUAUGAACAACAAAACCCUCCCCCGUGUUAGGUGGUGGAAUGCGACAUCGUGCGCAACUACGGUUUCGUACAUCUGGAGUCGUCGGGCGACGUGAACGACGCGGUGAAAGAACUGAACGGCACGAUGGUGGACGGCCAGCCGAUGAAGGUGCAACUAUCUACGAGCCGUGUUCGGCAACGACCCGGCAUGGGAGAUCCUGAGCAGUGUUACCGGUGCGGUAGAGGCGGGCACUGGUCCAAGGAGUGCCCGAAAGGCAUGGGACCAGAUCGGUUCCGCGAUCGGAUGUUCCCCAGGGAUCCGUAUCCGCCUCCGCCACCGCCCCCAGCCUUCCUUAGGGAUAGGAUCAUGGGACGAUUCGAGGAUAGCUACGACAGCUACUACGACCGUCGCUACGAUGACUCCCGCGACUUGUACGAGCGCCGUUACAGCGCGUUGGGUAGAGACGGCGGCUCGCGCGGUGGUAGCGGACGCGAUUUCAUGCCGCCGCCCCCGAUGCCCCCUAGGCGCGAACCGCUACCCCCAAUGCCGAGUAUCGGGUUGAGGGGCGCCAGCAGCCUACGCGACACAGCGCUCGGUAGCAGGAGCUCAGAUUACGGGAUGUUUAGCCGAAGGUCGCCGCCUCCCCCACCGGCCGGUAUCAGGAGCAGCAGGAUGUACGAGGACUUCAGCAGGGAUUCAUUCGACGAUAGGAGGCCUGGACUAAGAGGACCUUCACCACCUAGAAGAUACGCACCAUAUUAAGAGUAAACCGCAAUUUUGCGAAGCAAUCAUUUUAAAGAUGCCCUUUUCUUUAUCCAUCUGUUAAAAAGAUAUUGAUGGUUGACAUACCUCACUAUCAACUAUUUUGACAGAUACGCAAAGGUCAACACCGCGCCUCGUAUGAUCCCAUUGUUCACUUUUCUUUUAUUCCACUAGAUCAGCAGUUUUACAUGUUUGUGAUGGGGGUUUUAAUCCUCAUUCUUUUAAUUCAUUGAUUAGUGCUUUAAUUUUGUUGAAUAACAAAAGAUUUGGGCUUACGUUCUUAUGUGGAGCGAUAUAUUAACGGAAGUGGCGGAAUUAUUUUGCACGAGAGAAAUGUCUCUCAUAUUUAACUUUUCUAUAAUAUAAACUUAGGAUAUGACUAUUAAGUAUUUUGUUCGAAUGUGAAAUUGUGUUUUUAUGUGAAUUAUAAACCAGAUAGUGAAAUAGACGGUUAUAGGUAAAUACAUUUUGUGUUAUUUCUCAAUACAUCGGCUACCUUGGGCGCAUUUAGAGUUUGAAGUGCUUUCAAGUGCACUGCACAAACAGCAUAGCAUGGCUGACGUUGCUAGAUGGCCGAUACUUCCAGUAAGGGCAGGAAAAAGUUAUCGUUAUCUAAUGGGUGUGGACGACGAACUAAUUGCAUGGGCCUGGAUUAGUUUCCAAUUUGUAAAGAGAAUUGUUAGGAUAAAUGAGUAACUUAAAAUUCGAGUGUCGCAAAUAUCUCACAAAAAAGAACCCUCAGAUGAAAACGAUUCUUGAGAGAAUGGUUGAGUUCUAUGCGUAUGAUCGUAGUACACAAUAAAAUGUUGGUCAAAACAGUUUCGAUAUGGGGGCGUGAAUCCAUAGAAUACGAUCCCAGAACUGGAAGAACCAAAACGACAACAAAUGAAAUUUCUCAAAGAGUUGAAACCCUGGUUCUGGAAGAUCGUCGUGUGAGGGUGUAUUUCAUUGGUAUGGCAUUGAAUGCUCUGGAACUCUGCGUAGUAACCAUCUUGCACGACAAUUUGGAUAUGCGUAAAGUCAGCCAGGUGGGUUCCACGACUGUUGACACCUGAAAAAAAAUGCGCAGGUUGGACAUUUCAGAAAGUUACUGAAAAGUUUGACCAACAACUUUUUGGCACAAAUUGUUCCAAGUGACGAGACUUGCGUGCGUCAUUAGGGAUCCUGAGACAAAAACAGAAUCCAAGCAGUGGAUUCUGCUGGAAGAUUGAUGGCAACAGUCUUUUCUGGCAUCAGGGACUACAAUAAAUGCUGACGUUCUAUGCGAACGCGCUGAGAAAUUUCCGUAAAGCAAUCAACCGGUAGAGACCUGUUGUGGUAUUACGUAAAAACGACAAAAUACUGCGAACUCGUCAAAAGCGUCAAUCUACAGAGGAAUGACUCGACCACACGACACGCUUAAGCAUGCAUUGUUGGUUGCAGAAAACCAAGUAGUGUUUAUCACGCAGAUGUGAAAGAAAAAAAGUUGGUUGAGUAGCAAGAUCGCAAUCUGGAUGAUUGUGUGUAUUGGUCUGCAUGUGUAUAAAAUCAGUGACAUUUGCUAUGGUGAAAAAAUUAUUACUGAAUAUGCUGCCAAUGAAGUAUACUAAGUGACAUAUAAAUCCGAACACCCAGUUUAAAUGGUUUUAUUUUAGUAAAAGUUGGUGAAUGUAUUUAUCUUAC